UUGUUCAUUAAGUGUUCCAUAAAUCUGCCUCGCUUCCAGGACCAUUCGCCAGGCCUCAGUCAAAAGAUCAAAAUACCGAAGAAGAGGUACUCUUAUGCUGAUCCCUUACAGCGCAUGGAUACGCCGGUGUUUGACAAGAAUGAAGUCAGUCAUGUCAAGAAAGGUCCUUCUUCUGCUGCAACCGUACUGACAAUGGCCGGCCUAUUCGUUGUUGGAAUAUUAUUGAUGAUGAGCGGAAUUAUUGUUCUGUUAGAGCACACGGAGACCCCGUUCAUUAUUACUGGUUGUAUGUUUCUGGGCGUCGGUUUCGCAAUGUUGCUGGUCUGUGCGGUCCUGCAACGAAAAAACAUUGUGAAAUUCGUUUUGGAUCUCAAUAGCGACCUCUACUUCUUGAACAUGAACAAAAGCUACAUGUGGAAGGUGAUGUUUGAGAAUCGUGCUGAGUUGCCGUUAUCGGAAUGA